AACCUUAAUUGCUCUAUGGAAAAAGAAGCUAUUGAAGAAGUACGAACUUGUCCCACUGUUAAGAAAGCGCAUAGUACAUAUGGUAAAAACUUUGAUACCUUCUCAUCGAGUACGGCUAUAUCGAGCUACAAAGAUGCAGUUGAAAAGGCUGUGACAAAUUGGUGGAAAGUGGUUCGUACGGACAACACGGGGCCAGGAAUGCAAGUAACAUUCCGUGAUCAUCAUGUUGGUAAAGCUGUAGAAACGUAUACACAGAUUGCCUGGGCUAAUACAAAAGACCUUGGAUGUGCUAUAGCCAAAUGCCAAUCUUCCUACACCGCCAUAUGUCUAUAUAGCCCAAAAGGUAAUAUUCCGAACGAAGUGCUAUACAAGACCGGAGGGACUUGCUCUGCUUGUCCAAGUGGGACGAAAUGCGACAGCGGUCUUGGGCUGUGUGUUUAG